AUGGAAAAUUCUGCAUUUUCCCAUAUUGUUGGGACAGCGGGACAGCACAUGUACAGUCGUAUUAUGCGGGAACUCCCUGUAGCCACGCAUCAUCAUCAAUCUGAUCUACGAGAUAGAUGUUUGGAGGAGUUACAUUCCGGAGAAGGUACCUUAAAAGGUUCGAAUCGACAUGAUGGCGACUUGACGAGAAUAGUGCAGUGCGGGGAAGUUGGCGUUUUGGCUGUGAAUCCACCGAGUCUCCUUACUUUAUCUAACCAAUCUGCUGGAAUAUCUAAUUCUUUCCUAUUUUCACAAGUCACCAGUCCUAAAACCUGCUCAAAGCCACUGGAAUUAGCUUUGGCUGGCGGAGAAAGACUCAAAGAGAGAUGGCUAUCUGCCCAUGGUGUGAGAGGUUGCUAG